AUGACUCACCUGUACUUGAGAAAAACGCUGCACGGCACCGUCAUGGGCUGUGACAGACAAGUCCCUCCUCGCCCUGCUGGGAAGAGGGGCCUGGUCUUCUCCAUCGUGGUGUUCGGCUCCAUCGUGAACGAGUGCUACGUGAACAGGGACAGCCAGGACCCCGAGCUCCUGUGCGUCUUCAACGAGAACGAGAGCGCCUGCAGCUACGGCAUCGCCGUGGGCAUCAUCUCCUUCUUCGGCUGCAUCUUCUUCUUCGUCGUGGACCUCUACUUCCAGCAGAUCAGCAGCGUGAAGGACCGCAAGCGCGCCGUGCUGCUCGACCUCAGCUUCUCGGGCUUCUUGUCCUUCCUGUGGUUUGUCGCUUUCUGCUUCCUCGCCAACCAGUGGCAACGGACGACGAUGAGCAAAGGGGUUUCGCAAGGAGCCGACGCCGCCCGGGCGGCCAUCGCCUUCUCCUUCUUCUCCAUCAUCACCUGGGUGGCGCUGGUGCUGAAGGCGCUGCAGCGGUACCGCCUGGGCACGGACAUGUCGCUCUUCGCCACGGAGCAGUUCGCGGCCGACGGCAGCGCCGCCUACCCCGGCUACCCCGCGGGCAGCGGCAUCGAGAGCACAGACACCUACCAGAGCCCGCCCUUCUCCGAGCCCGCCGACGCCAACCCCAAAGGCUACCAAGUGCCGGCGUACUGAGGGCCGCGCGUCGCGCUGGGCGCCGCCGCGUCCGCCCCGUCCCCCUCGUGUGGCCAGUCCGUGCGGGCCCCCGCUCGUCGUGCCGUGGUGUUGGUGCUUGUCUGCCUCCCCUGGGCCGUCCCGAAGCAGUGUUCCCUCUAAGGCGCAAGGCAGGAAGGCGCCCGUCCCAUUCCGUCCCGUCCCGUCCCGUCCCGCGGCCGCAGCCGGGCUGAGC